CAGCGUUCAGCUCGCUGUGAAGUUUGCAUGUGUAGACGUGUGUGGUCUGGAGGAGUGAACGGACGGAGAGUUGUGGAGGCGGUGAAGGUGAAGCCGACCACGGAGCCAGUGAAUGUGUUGAGGUCAGGAGAGACUCAUGGUGAAAGCGUCUGACCAGCGCGCCGCCGACAGCCGAGACGGCGGAGGCAGCCAGGAGGUACCCAGAGGAACCCCGAGUGAGGAACUCAGUGGCAGAGAUCCUAGAAAGGGGAGGGUGACCUCCUUUGAAGGUGGAGGAUUAAAGGAUGGCUUUUCCAGUCACGAAAGAGGCGCCCACGCGUCCGGGAUUCGCAAGGCGCUGUAUCUCCCGUGGACAGCUGUCCUUCUGCCGAGUGAGAAAGAGUUUAGUCGGGUGAAGCAGGAUAGGGAUUGUGAAUCAACGGCGGCAUAUCUUCCGCUCUCGGGAGGGCGGUUCGGCACAACAAGCAAUUUGUUGGUCAGGGCAUGCAAUUGCUUUGCUCAUCCUCAGCCUCUUUGCGUGCUCCUCCACCGAUCGGCCUGGUGCAUCGACGACCUCAUCAUUAUCAUAUCCUCCCGCUCCCCUCCUCUUUUCCCCGAAUUACUCUGACACCUACAAUCAAUUGCACAUUCCUUCAUCUUGUCGACAUUUUGAAUCGCUAUAUUGCGCAGGGCGGUUCAGCGGCUGUCAGUGUUUUCUUGUUUGCCACCUGUCGGGCUGCAGCGACCCAGAGGUGAGGACGAGCCCCCACGAUCUGAUAAUCUGAUAAAGCCCAAAUUCCAUCACCACCGCACUUCUCC